CACCUGUCGCUAGAGCCACAUUGUAAAGGAAGCCCAGGGCAGUGGUCUCCAAACCUGGGUGUGCAGAAGAAUCGCCUGAGGCAACCCGAAAAAUGCCAGUUCUCAAGCCCAGCUUCCACCCUGGAGCCUGUGUUUUUCUUUCGCCAGAUCUGAAUUUUGAUUCAGAUGUUCCUAGGACAACUGUUUCAGGAAAUAAUGAUAUAGUGGAAAGAACACCAGACUUAGAGAGCUGGGUUUAAGAUUUCAGCUCCAAACCUGAGCUGCUGACCUCAGGCAAGUAAGCCUCAAUUUUCUUCCUGUACAAUGCAGAUGCUGACACCUCCCUUAUAGGUGGCCGGGAGGAUUAAAAGAGAAACCACUGAAAGCCCCAAGCAUCGCACACACCAGUGCUCACUAAGCAUGGCCCCAAUGAGGCUAACAAGCCAGCGAGGCUGUGGGCACAGAAGUAAGUUUUGAUGGUAGGAGGAAAAGAGAACACAAUAGGCCCAGAUGAUGAAAGGGUGUCCCAGACUCAGCACGGCAGUCCUGUGGAGGAGGAGUAAAAUUGGAGGAUCCCAAGAGGGGGCCAGAGGCAGCAAAGCAGCCUAAAGUCAGAGCUUCCCCUGAAUCUCCUCCUCCGCUUGUGUCAGCCUGCAUCAUAUGUUAGCUCCCAGCAUGACAUUUUUAAUCCAUUUUCACAGCGAGGAUAUUCAGCAAAUACACAUGAAACCUUUACAUCUGCGCAGAAGUAAACAUCACGAUUCUGCAUACACACGCAAAGAAAGAGAAUAAGUGGGAAAAUCAGAAAGGAGACAGAAGGGAAAAGUGAGAUGGGGGGUCAAACCCAGGAAAGUAGUCACGUGCUUUCAAGUGUGUUGGGGCCAUUAACAUGCGGACAGUGUGUUCCAUGACCUGGAGAGGCCCAAGGAGGCUGCUCUGGGGAAACCUCUGAGUGGCUGGGGAGGCGAGGCUCAUCCAGGCUGAACAUAGAGCAGGUGCAAAGAAAGCAGGGAAGAGACACAGGAGUCUGUGCAAGAAAGGCUGGGUGGGAUAUACUGUCUGGCAAAAUUUAGAUCAGAAGAGAGGAAAUCUGAAUUUCUGAGCUGGGGAUGGGAGGUGUGGGGAGGGCAGAUAAGACCAUGAUAAAGAAACUGGGUGAGUGGAGGGAUGGCCUUCAAGCAGGAAGGCGUUGGGAUGGCUCUUGGAUCAAUGAAGUAGAUCGGGAUUAGGAAACAUUUUAAAUGCCCUGAUGAAAAUUAACUUUGAUUCAACCAUGUCCAUAUAGUACUUUUCUAUCUCUCAGCCUUUCCUCAAGCUCUUUCCUCUGCUUGGCCUGUCCUCUCUCCCCACCAGCCUUUCCCAUCUCCCUGAACUCCUCCUUAGGCUUCAAAGCCUAGUGGUAACUGCCCUAGCUCCUCUCAUGCAGAAUCAAUUUCUCCCUCAUCCGCAUCUCCUUGAUGUUUUGCACAUCCCCCUUGUAUUGCGGUUAUUUCUUUACUCCCCUUUCUCCUCUGGGCGGUUAUUUAUCAUCUGCUAGCCUGUGGACUCCCUGAAGGCAAUGAUAUUGUCUUAUUCAGAGUGUAAGUCCCAGCACAUGGUAACAGUCCCUGGCACGUAGCGGAUGCUCAGAAAUAUCUGUUGGAGAAAAAUUAAAUAGAAGCGAAUACUGGGGAGCCAUUGUGAUUCCUUGAGAGAAAUGAUGUGGUGAAAUCAGAAUUUUAGAAAUAUUAAUCUGUCAGCAUGAAAGAAGAUGGAUUAAAAUGAAGAAAGCAACCCGUGGCUGGGAGUCAAGAGGGGAGAUUAUUACUGUAAUUUGGACAUGGCUGAAGGUGGGGGCAGUGGGAAUGGAGACAGGGAAAUAAUUCGUCAGAUACCACAAAAGAAUGUGGAAGAGAUUUUGCGAUGAAUGAGUUAUAAAUGUUGGGGACAGAAUGGGAGUGUUGGGGACAUUUAAACAUUGAGAUUCCCAGCAAUUAGGAUAAAAGUGGUGGGGGGAUAGAGAAGAAGGCAAUACACAGCCUAUGUGUAGGAUAACUGAUUGCAAUCUCCACAAGUUUUUCCGGGCAAAAACAAAAACAAACUCCAAGUCAAAAAUCUCCCCACCCCCGAUCUUCCUCCCAAACUCUGAGCUGUAUUUUUCUUUCCCUAACAGCCAGUAAGAAACAUUUCCUCAUGGCAUAGAGACUGAAAAGAAGGUAAUGCCAAUCUGGUGCCCUGCCCAGUGCUGGGCACAGAGGAGAUCACAUGAGUUCAACUGGCCAGCCUCCCCACAAGGGACCAACCCAGUUGCGUAUUCAGAAGGGACUCCAGUAUCCUGCUCACCCAAACUCAUUUCCCAGGCCCAGACCUCUGGGAAAUCCCUGCUCCAGCACUGCAGAGAUUUCUAGGAAAGUCCCAGGACGCCCAUCUGCUUCCUCACAUUAAUUUCAGGGCUAGGAUUUUGUUUUCUAAAGGAAUUCAACUAUGAUGCCAACGAAAAUCUAUAGGAAUUGAGGAGUUCCGUAUUUAAGUCACAUUUUUAAAAUGUUUGCUUCUUUGUAUAUUGAGACCCAGUAAAACCCUAGUAAGCCCAGUUACCCUAUCACCUCCAACAAUAUCAAUCAAGUAGAAGACAUGCAGAUUUUAAAAGCCGUGUGAUCCUUGAAAAAUCUUUAGACUGUUCUGGGUCCUGGGUGCAUCCAGCUGUGAAUGGAGGGUUGGACAAGGUGAUUGCUUAGAUCUCUCUCGGGUCUCUAUUUCUCUGAUUCCAAAUUCCAACAGGCAUCCAAUGAUCGCUAUCCACGUCCAAGUUUUAGACUCAUAGCCCGAAAAGGGCGAAGCGCAGCGUGGUAGAGGUCGCAAAGGAGACAGGAAGAGAAGCAAGCAUGCACUUUUAAUGAGACGGCAAAGGAGGCUGGGAGGCACGGUGCUGGGUGUGGACUGCUUAAAAAACUCAUUAGACCACAAAUUCCAGACACUUAGGUGGGCCCGAGAACGCCCUGAAAUUCCCUUCCCAAGUCAGGGCUGAUGUUAUUUCAAAGAAAAAGAAAACUUAACUUCCAGAUCUGUAGAGCUCCAAGGUGAGCUCGCUGUGCAAAAACUACUUCUGUAAGUGCGCCAAGGGGCCGCAGGUACUUGGACUGCACUUGAGGAAGUGUCCAGAGUUGGCGGAAACAACUCAUCCACUCCGGCUCCGGGCGCUCGCUGGUUUGCAGCAACCAAGCUGAGACAGACACACAGAUGCGGGGACCCAGGCCAGAGCUCAAGGAGCGCUGACCGAGACUUGCCCGGCUCUCGGGCCCCAGUUAAGGUGAUAAAUUAUGCAUAUGACAUCCUAUAGAAGACUGUCACCGCCCCACCUCACUGAUCAACUCUCUGCCUACAGCCACACCCACAGAACGUUCAGCCAUUUCUCCUGUGGUUCCCAGCGCGCACAGCGUCUGCACAUGGGACUCUGGAAUACUGACCUACAGUCUAAGUUCCCGUGCCCUUGCCUGGGGCUGACUCUCUACUUGACCUGUAACCCAUAACUGGGCAAGAGAAAAUUCUGCAGCCACAGCUCUGAGGACAUGAGCAAAAUGGUUUCCAGAUGGAAUGUCAAGGAUUCACAUGAAGUGGCAGGGAGUCUUCAGGCCACACUUCAGGUUAUCUCCUUCUCUUUCCCUUUUCUGCUUCACUCUUGCUCUCAUCCUCUUUCUCGCCCCACAUCUGGUCAGAGGAGAUAGGAAGGUUCUUGUUACCUGGUACAAGACAACUUUUGGAAUCCCAGAUAUUCAGAUUAUUUCCCCUUUUCCUCUUUGCAAAUGAUAAUACUC